UUAAAUAAGCAUUGAUAUGGAAAUGAAUGCUCAUUAGCAGACCAGAAUGAGGCGGUACACAAAGCCUCUGUUCUAUCUAUAAAAGGGAAACGAUGUUGCAUUAUCGCUCUCACUGCCGUCUCUUCUGCCAUAAACAUCGAUUUGUCCGGCUUAGUUUUGCGUGCCUUUCUGCGACGCUCUUCCGCGUCUCAUUUCUGACAACAUCAUCGUUCGCUUCAAAAUUUCCUCUUCUUCCUGCACCGGCUCUUAACAUCUCCUCCAUGUCGUCAACCACCCCGAUGAAGUCGCCGCCGGUCGCCAAGAAGGUGGACCAUGUGAUGGAGUUGUUUGGAGAUGUCAGAGUGGACCACCACUACUGGCUCCGCGAUGACUCUCGCUCCAAUCCUGAGAUCCUUUCCCACCUCCAAGAGGAGAAUGCCUACACCGACUCCUUCAUGUCUGGAACAAAACAAUUUGAGCAGCAGCUUUUCGCUGAAAUAAGAGGGCGAAUCAAGGAGGAUGAUAUAUCUGCACCAAGAAGAAAAGGGCCUUACUAUUACUAUACAAGGACUUUGGAAGGGAAGGAGUAUGUUCAGCAUUGCCGUCGCUAUACAUCUAAUAACGAAGUCCCACCUUCAGUCUAUGAUGUAAUGCCAACCGGACCUAAUGAUCCUCCCGAGCAUGUUAUACUGGAUGAGAAUGUCAAGGCUCAAGGGCAUGAAUAUUACAGCAUUGGUGCUUUCAAGGUUAGUCCAAAUCAUAAACUGGUUGCAUAUGCAGAAGACACCAAGGGAGAUGAAAUUUACACUGUUUAUGUCAUUGAUGUGGAGACUCAAUCUCCUGUUGGGAAGCCUCUGACAGGUGUAACAUCUUCUCUUGAGUGGGCUGGCAAUGAUUUUUUGGUUUACAUCACAAUGGAUGAGAUACAUCGGGCUGACAAGGUGUGGUUGCAUAAGUUGGGGACAGAUCAAUCAAGUGACUCUUGCCUUUAUCAUGAGAAAGAUGAUAAAUUUGGUUUGGAUCUUCAAGCUUCAGAGAGUGAAAAGUAUUUGUUCGUUGUAUCUGACAGCCGAAAUACAAGGUUUGUCUUCUAUAUUGAUGUUUCCAUGCCUGAAGAUGGUGCCAAGUUUUUGACACCUCGUGUAGAUGGCAUUGAUACAUCAGUCAGCCAUCGUGGAAAUCAUUUCUUUGUUCGGAGGAGAACUGAUGAGCUUUUCAAUUCAGAGCUCCUAGCCUGUCCAGUGGACAAUAUUUCUGCAACUACGGUUCUUAUUCCUCACAGGGAAAGUAUAAAAAUUUGGGAUGUACAACUCUUUGCUGACCAUCUGGCUGUGUAUGAGCGUGAAAAUGGUCUACCCAAAAUAACAGCAUAUCGCCUUCCAGCUAUUGAUGAGCCACUUACAAGUCUUAAAGGAGGUCGGGCUGUUGACUUCGUUGACCCUGUAUAUUGUGUGGAUUCAGAAGAAUCCGAGUUUUCUUCCAGCAUUUUGAGGUUUUCAUAUAGCUCAUUGAGGACACCUCGUUCUGUGUAUGAAUAUGAUAUGAAUACAGGCACUUCUGUUCUGAAGAAGGUUGACAUAGUCUUGGGAGGUUUUGAUUCAUCUAAUUAUGUUACUGAAAGAAAAUGGGCCACAGCUUCAGAUGGGACCCAGAUUCCUUUGUCAAUUGUUUACAGGAAGGAUCUUGUGAAACUUGAUGGUUCUCAUCCAUUACUGCUUUAUGGAUAUGGUUCAUAUGAGAUGAGCAUAGAUCCCACAUUCAAGGCAUCAAGGCUGUCUUUAUUGGAUCGUAGCUUUAUCUUCGCAAUAGCUCACGUUCGUGGAGGUGGUGAAAUGGGGAGGCAGUGGUACGAGAAUGGAAAGUUGUUGAAGAAAAAAAAUACUUUCACAGAUUUCAUUGCCUGUGCAGAGUAUUUAAUAGAACAGAAGUACUGUUCAAAGGAAAAAUUGUGCAUUGAAGGAAGGAGUGCAGGGGGAUUGCUUAUUGGUUCUGUUCUUAAUAUGAGGCCUGAUUUGUUCAAGGCUGCUAUUGCUGGGGUACCUUUUGUGGAUGUUCUGACUACUAUGCUUGAUCCAAGUAUCCCUCUUACAACUGAAGAGUGGGAGGAAUGGGGAGACCCUCAGAAGGAGGAGUUCUACUUCUACAUGAAAUCAUAUUCCCCGGUUGAUAAUGUUAAUCCUCAAAAUUAUCCCCACAUCCUCGUUACAGCUGGCUUACAUGAUCCACGGGUUAUGUAUUCAGAACCUGCAAAAUUUGUGGCAAAGCUGAGGGAUAUGAAGACUGAUCAUAAUGUGCUGUUGUUCAAGUGUGAACUCGGCGCUGGGCAUUUUUCAAAGUCAGGAAGUAGUCAGAUCUGGGUCUUGGAAAUUUUGUCAUCUCAGGGAAAAGAGGAAGCUGCAAAGAUGAAAGAGUGUUUAAAUGAAACUGGUUGCAUUGUAUUUAUAUUAGUUUAAGCUUACUGUUUAUUUUCAGCUUGUCUCAGAAAUUUUUCUGAUUUAAUUGCUCCACUACCUUGGUCAACAAUGUUUUCUUGCUGUCCAAUUCUUUUGAAAGCACUUCAGAUGCCAUUGGUACAUACCCUUAAUGGCCUAUAUAGAUGAGGAAAAAAGGAGAAAGAAAUCUUUCUUCUUGCUAAUUGUAUACCAAAUCACAUUGCCUGCUGGACUUUCAGAUAGCCUAGAUGUAUCUGAGUUUUGCACCAUCUGUGGUUCACCUACCUGACCUUGCGUUGUUUCAGUCUUAAAUGUUUUCUGCCAUAACUUUUCAUGGUUUUAUAUCUGCUGGAUGAGGCAUACUCCUUACAGUACUUCUGACACAAGUCUCAGAAAAAUGCACCAUGUUGAGUGUUGAUAAGUUUAGUCAACUUUUUCGAAUGUUUGAAUUUGCAAGAAUGGAAGGAGCAACAGUACUGAAAAUGAUGAUACUGUACUUAUAAUGAUGCUAACACAUUUCCAAAGGUGAUAACUAUACUUGUGAUAUUAUCAGUUAACCCUGUUGCUGUUUGUUUGGUACUGAAAGAAUCGUGAUUUGCAAAUGUACCAAUAAAAGUGAUGUUAACAUGAUUGCACUUUUUUUUUUCUGGGUUAUAUGUAUAUUAUUCAAAUAAAGCUCAAAGAAUUUAUAGAGCUUACACACUGUUUGCUUCAAAUCGUUAAGCACUUGCAGAUGUUCUUAAUCACUUAUGAUGCAACAAAUUUUUGCUUGCAGAUUUGAGAGGCUUAAAGAAGACGCAUUCACAUAUACAUUUCUGAUGAAGGUUCUAAAUAUGAUUCCUUACCUUGGUACUGGCCAGGAUGAGGAACCUGUGUGUAGGAGCAGUGCGAAUUCUGCAUAACCCCAACUUGGCAAGCAAUAGUAGCAGUUGAAAUGUAGUAAACAUUUGAGGAAUGCAAUUGGCAUUCCCAGUCUUUAGACUAGCAUUGGAUACUGGUAUGAUUUUCCUAAUGUAAUGCACAUUCAAGUGGGAGUUGUUGAAAUUGAAAAACACGCAUUGCAAAAGUGCUGAUAAAUUAAAAUUAUAAGAUUAGCACA